ACCGCCGUCCAGGAGGAAGCAGCAGCAGCAGCAGACAGCGAGGCGGAGCUAAAAGUCCAGCAACAGCGUGUAGGUCGGACUGGUGUAAGCGGCGGCUGUGGUGUGAAGAUCAAGGAUCUUACGCCGGGAGGGGGAGCCGCGUCAGUGACAUGGAAGCGCUCAAACAGCAGCGAUCAGCCCUGCCCCUCGCAAGGCGAGCAGUCUGCGCCUUCUGCUGCCACAGGCACCACGAUCUCGGCCGUGGCUGCUCAGGAGGAUGCUGAUGGUCGCGGCGCCUCAAAGGCAGGGGGCGAAGGGGAGGCGGCGUCAGGGGUAGCGGCGAGCGGCGUGGCCACUGGCUCGGCAGGUGGAGGUAGCGACGCCACGGCUACCGUCACAGGCAUGAAAUGCAACACAAACGGCGACUGCAGGAGAGAUCCGUCCUCUAAAGGGAGCCUGUCUUCAAUAGUCUCUAAACAGGAGAAGCAGGGUGCGGGGAUAACUGGAGCCGAGGACGGGAAAAGGCGGAGCGGCUGCAAUUCUACAACCGCCAGUAUGGACGGCUCGACCACCCCUGCCGGCUCAUUGGCACAGGGGCAGGGGGGCGAGACGGCGAACCCCGGUGCCACCGGUGUCGUCGAAAAGAAGGACUCCCGAGUUUCCUUCUCCAAUGCGCCCAGCAGGAAAUCAUCCUCCUCUGUGCUGGGCGCCGGUCAGACCCAGAACCAGCAGACCCGGAAUUCAGUGACAUUCCUUAAAUCUGAGGAUGGACCGCAGAUCCUGCCGGAGGAUGGGGAGCUGCGGGACAACCAGACGUUCAUGCAGCGCCAGUUCAGCUCCAUGCUGCAGCCGGGAGUUAAUAAAUUCUCCUUGCGUAUGUUUGGGAGCCAAAAAGCGGUAGAAAGAGAACAGGAGCGAGUUAAAUCGGCAGGCAACUGGAUUAUCCACCCCUACAGUGAUUUCAGGUUCUAUUGGGAUUUCACAAUGCUCAUGUUUAUGGUGGGCAACUUAAUCAUCAUUCCCGUGGGCAUCACAUUUUUCAAGGACGAAACCACCACACCGUGGAUUAUUUUCAACGUGGUAUCAGACACCUUCUUCCUCAUGGACCUGGUGCUCAACUUCCGCACCGGCAUUGUCAUCGAGGACAACACAGAAAUUAUCCUUGACCCGGAGAAGAUCAAAAAGAAGUACCUGAAGACGUGGUUUGUGGUGGACUUUGUCUCCUCCAUCCCUGUGGAUUAUAUCUUUCUCAUUGUGGAGAAGGGCAUCGACUCUGAGGUGUAUAAGACGGCUCGCGCCCUGCGGAUCGUGCGCUUCACCAAGAUCCUCAGUCUUCUGAGACUCCUGCGACUCUCCCGACUCAUUCGCUACAUCCACCAAUGGGAGGAAAUCUUCCACAUGACCUACGACCUGGCCAGUGCAGUCAUGCGCAUCUUCAACCUGAUCGGCAUGAUGCUGCUGCUGUGCCACUGGGAUGGCUGCCUGCAGUUCCUGGUGCCCAUGCUGCAGGACUUCCCCUCCGACUGCUGGGUGUCGCUCAACAAGAUGGUGAAUGACUCCUGGAGUGAGCUGUAUUCCUUCGCCCUCUUCAAGGCCAUGAGUCACAUGCUUUGCAUCGGCUAUGGGCGGCAGGCGCCGGAAAGCAUGUCUGACAUCUGGCUGACUAUGCUCAGUAUGAUCGUGGGCGCCACCUGCUACGCUAUGUUCAUCGGCCACGCCACCGCACUCAUCCAGUCCCUGGACUCGUCACGGCGCCAGUACCAGGAGAAGUACAAGCAAGUGGAGCAGUACAUGUCCUUCCACAAGCUGCCGGCUGACUUCCGACAAAAAAUCCACGACUACUACGAGCACCGAUACCAGGGCAAGAUGUUUGAUGAGGAGAGCAUCCUGGAGGAGCUUAACGAACCGCUGCGGGAGGAAAUUGUGAACUUCAACUGCCGCAAGCUGGUGGCCUCCAUGCCGUUGUUCGCCAACGCGGACCCCAACUUCGUGACGGCCAUGCUGACCAAGCUGCGCUUCGAGGUCUUCCAGCCCGGCGACUACAUCAUCCGCGAGGGUACCAUUGGCAAGAAGAUGUACUUCAUCCAGCAUGGGGUGUUGAGCGUGCUCACCAAGGGCACCAUGGGAAUGAAGCUUUCAGAUGGAUCCUACUUUGGAGAGAUCUGCCUGCUGACCCGUGGCAGACGCACCGCCAGCGUCCGUGCCGACACUUACUGCCGGCUGUACUCCCUCUCAGUGGACAACUUUAACGAGGUUCUGGAGGAGUAUCCCAUGAUGAGGAGAGCUUUCGAGACCGUGGCCAUCGACCGACUCGAUCGCAUCGGGAAGAAGAAUUCCAUCCUCAUGCACAAGGUCCAGCACGACCUCAACUCUGGCGUCUUCAACAACCGUGAGAACGAGAUGAUCCAGGAGAUCGUGAAGUACGACCGGGAGAUGGUGCAGCCGGUGGACCAGCCACGUGCCAUGUCACUGACGCCACCCAUGCAUGGGGGCAUCUUCGCCCCGCCAGGCCCUUCGCAGGCCCCCUCGGCCAUCGCCACGCUACAGCAGGCCGUGGCCUUAAGCUUUUGCCCCCAGGUGGCCAGCCCGCUGGUGGGCCCCAUGGCGCUACAGUCGCCCAGGAUGGUGCGCCGCUUCCAGGUGGUGCAGAGCCUGUCCAGCCCAGUCUCGGUGUCCCCACUCCAGGCCCAGCAGGCUGUCCAGCCUCAGGCCUCUGGCGGGGCCUUUGCCUCAGCCAUCUCGAGCCCCCCCGUCCAGAGCCCGCUCGCCACCGGGGCGCGAACUUUCCAGUAUGGAUCCAGUCCCAUGGGGGCCUCUUCUGGCUCUCAGCUUUCCCUAGUCCAGCAGCGGGCCCCCAGCCCAACACAGCGGCCUGCCACGCACAAGAGCACCCACUCGUUGCACAGCAGCAGUUUGAGCCAAGAUGCCCGCGCUCUGUCGGCAUCGCAGCCCUCCCUGCCACACGAGGGCGCUCCACCGGCAGGCCCCAGCCUGCCGCAGUCCACCCGCGUCUCCUCCACAUCCAUCGGGCCUCCCCAGACCCACCCUGGAACAUCAGGGGCUUCGGGGUACAGGGGUGCGGUGCCACAGAGGGUAAUGCUCCCCCAUCAGAUGUCGAUGGGCUCCUUCCCUUCCUCGUCCCUCGCUGGCGUGUCGCCUGGGGUCGGGGCGGCCGCCGCUGUCGGAGUAGGCCAGCUGGACUCUGGGGCACCGAAGAAAGAUUCCAUAGUCAGUCUCCCUGAAACGGACUCCAUCAGAUCCAGGCUCUCCUCCAACUUGUGACACGGAAGAGUCCCGUGUGCUGAGGAGCCGUGUUUUGUGAGCUGCCAGGGUCCUGGUCCUCGUCCCACGUCUCCCUCUCCCUGUCAGUCCCCGAUUCUCACAACAAGAAUGUAUAACGAGUGACUGGUGACAAUGCAAAGAGGGAACUUGUACCUAACAAUUUAGAAUGGAGUAGUGGAAUAUUUGUACUCUACACGCGUAUAAUAUAAACCCACGUAAAUGAAUAGCUGUAGCACCUGCUCAUAUCCUGCCUUCGACGCCUCCUUCGUUUGCUUUCGUUACUGUAAAAAAAAUAAAAAUGUAUAAGUCACACACUGUAUAAAAUCCAAACAAUGCAAACUAGCGAGAGCUGGAACAAAAGAGAAAAUCAGGGACCCUCUUCGGAUGACAAUUAUGAAGUUUAACGCUUUGCGAAAGUGUUUUUUGUGUAUGAAAUUGCUAUAUAACUAGGUGUUCUACUUAUGAAGCUGUUAUAUUAGUAUUGUUUUAGAAAAAAAGAAAAUGAUAAAAAAAGCUUAUAGUAUUCUAGACCGCUGGUCGAUCUUAAAUGAACAUGUAAAAAUGAGAAGUGUCAAAGCGCGUUUCUGGCAGUUUGAUCUACGUUGUAAUUUCUUCAGACCAAAGUUGAUCUUUAACACAAUGGUGAUGUGUGUCUGUGUAAACGGGAGAAACAACUAAAAACAAAAACAGUCCUGAAAAUAUAAAACGAGAUCCAUUUAACUGCCUUGAUUCCUACUUUAAAAGCCAUAAUUACUCUAACCCUAUGCGUUUAAUAUGAUUUUUCCAUCCAUAACUUGUUCCCCCCUCAUAACUUGAUUAAUUUUUUUUCCUCCCGAUCCCAUUUCUCAUGGUUUUUAUGAAGAAAUGAUGCAAACAU